AUGCCAGGUUCAAAUGGUUCACAAUGGAUGGCGAAAGUUGCUUCAUGCUUUGUGGUACUCUUCUACCGGAUGGCGAGCUUGGCCAGCAAAGGAGCCUCGCUAGUGAAAGGGGCUUUUAGAGUUCUUUAUCAAUUGUCGCUGGGCCCUUUACUGAGGCUCUUUCACUUCUUUUUCUGGUCGCCUGCAGCUAUUAUAACUCGAAAUGUUGUCAACCUCAUGUUUCUGCCUACAAACUUACCACUGAUACUAUUCUACAAUACAACGCUUAGUGAUCUCACUAAAAUAAACUUGCGUCUCACUACCGUAACUAUAGCGCUGAGCAUACAGUAUUUUGUCACCUUGAUGGCAUUAGGCAUCCUAAUUGGGGCGUACUGUGGGCUAUGCUUAGGAACCUUACACAGGUGGAUAAGGAUUCCGGAAAAGCGCGUUGACGUUUUCGGCGGGCUGACCCGCUGGCUGUUCCCUCACACCGCGUAUAGCAGCAGCGCGCCUCUUCCUAAGCCACAUCCAUGGCAAAGUGCUCAAUACCCUUCCCCUUCAACGACAUCUACUACUGUGCGAGGCGAGAAACUUCAGAGAAAGGGCUCGCGGUCUUCCAUCGUGAAUGUGUCAAACAUGGUCUCAAAACUGCCUCACGACUUUUUUCAGCCCAAAAGCCCUCAUACACCUACCCGAAGGAGUGAAAAAGCUCGCUUCGAUACCUCGAAACUUUCUCCUGUUAGUACGGUCCGUGAUGACGAGAUUGAAUCUAAUUAUUCGAGCGCAUGGGAUUUUUCAGACGAAUUACCUGAAACUUUGAGGACAGAAUUGACAGGAAGGGCCAGCACGUUCCCGCGACCAUACGCUUCAGGAAGCGAACGACCUAGUUACUCUCAGCUAAAGCCCUUAAAAAAUAAUGGAAUACUUUGA